CCACGCGCUUGGAUCUAAUUAUGCGCUCCAAUGUAGUGUGUGUGUGAGGUUAUUGGUUUACUAGUGAUGUCGACCUAUGUAGACAUCUCUACUGUGUUCAAUUUCGACCACAGAGGUCAAUAUGUUGAAAUUUCCCCCGAUAGAACGAAAGCUCGUCGUCAAAUAGGUUUUUGUGAUGGGGUAGUUAUUUCUCAAAGCUUCAUCCGACCAGGCGAAGUGGUAGCUGUCGAAAUUACAGAAACACAGCGAGGUUGGACUGGGGAUUUGAGAGUCGGAUUCACUUUACUACCGGAUAACUUGCUCUUGCCUCUUCCCAGGUUUGCCCUACCUGCUUUGGUUUCUCCAGGUAGAAGUUGGAUUGUACCUGUUGGAACUGCUGUGGCCCUUCUCUUGUCGCAUCAUCAUCAAACUUACUGGAAACGACAGCAAUUAAAAUCUGGUCGUCAUUUGAGUAAAACCAAUAACAAUUCACCCACGUUGUUUGAUUCUGUUAAUAUGUUUUGCGAAAGACAAGUAGAUGUGCCCAGUAUGAACUCAAUCAAUGGUUUUAUCAAUAGUCCAAACGUGCUGGUAACUAAUUCUCAUAUGGAUAAACAACCUACACAUCAACAAGUUACUCCUCCCUUCUUUUGUGUCUGUUGUCUCCAUACAAAGCGUGGUCGAGUACCACUGAGUCAACUAGUACCAAAUGAGCUAGAACUUGCGCGACCUCCUGAUGUCGAAAAAGGUAGUGUUAUAGCCAUCUACUAUGAACUGGAGCCACUACCUACAGAUGAUUCAUAUGAACAAUGUACAAGUCUUCCGAUAGAUGGAACUAUGAACAUACUUAAUGAUAUUAGCAAUAUUCCGUCUAUAAUACCAGAUGAGAAUGUACAGAACCUUUUGAGGUAUACUUUAAACUCUACCGAAAGUGAAGAGGAUUCAGAUACGGAAAAACUGCUUUUUCUUUUUCGGUUUCAUAUUGUUAUUAAUGGCAUCGACAUGAUUGCAAUAGCAGAAACAGUGGCUAUUUCACCAUCUGAUUUUGAAAAGAAUCUAAUCAGUGUGGACUCCUCAUUUUCACCUGUCAAUGGAGAUGUAAGCAGUAUCAAUUAUAGUGUGACUAACAGUACUAGUGAAACUCCUGGAUCAUUUCCAACUUCUGAUCGUCAUUCUUCCGAUAGUAUCCCUACUUCCACACCGCGUAUGCGGGCUGUUUUUGAUGUUUAUGGCCAAACUAAAGCAAUUCAACUGCGGUCGUUACAACAGAAUUCAAUUGCACAAUUAAGCCGUUUAUGCUCGUGUGCUAUUCUACAUCAUAUAUUUUAUGUAUUUCAUUCCAAUCGUUUUCUAAACACUGAAACAUCUAAAUUUGAUUCAGAUAAUUCAUUUAAUAUGUGCUCCAAAUCUAGUAGAAUGCGUAAUUCACCACAAAUGAUUGUUCCAAAUAUGAUGAAAAAUAAUAGAUUUCGGAAAUUAUUUAUUAUGUUAGAUAAACUUCCGCUACCUAGAGUUGAGCGACGUCGUUUACAACGUGAUGCUUUUGCUGUAUUAGCUCGAGGAAUUGCUGAUUAACUACAAAUUAUACCCAAAAAGUAUUUGUUUUAUAUUGUGUAUAUUACAAAAAAAGAAAAAAAAGUCACCAAGUGUCUUUCACCAUUAUUAUUUACUUAUCUUAGAUCCGAUCUCCAGUUUUAGCUAUUAUUUUGUAGUGCGCGUUUGUGCUCAUUAGAGGGAGUAAAGCUGUUUCAUGGCGAAGGUGAACAAUAAAAGAGAUUCUAUACAAACUAUUCAAUCUACAUUUCAUUAUAUUUUAGUGUGUUGUUCAUUGCUUCAUUUAUUUAUUAAAAUCAGAUUUGAAAGGACAUUACCCAUUCGCUUAUUGUUUUAUUUCGCUUGUACACAUCUUUAUUUACUUCAUAUUGUAUACAGAAUAAUUCUGAGUGGUUAUUGGAAAUUGUUGAAAAUUCCAAUUUCAAUAUAAAAAACUUUUGAAAAA